UUCUCACUCUUUGGGAAGACCCGAGCGGGAGGUCUUGAGCUCAGCUGGGCACUCCAGGCUACGGGAGACCGGGCAGGAGCCAGGAGAGGAGAAGGAAAGAGGACUUCGCGACCAUGGAAGCUGCCAAGGCGGAGCGGCCCGAGAGCAUGCCUCAGGAUUUGUCAGAGGCCCUGAAAGAAGCCACAAAGGAGGUUCACGCCCAGGCUGAGAAUGUGGAAUUCCUGCGGAAUUUCCAGAAGGGGCAAGUGACCCGAGAAGGCUUCAAGAUGGUGAUGUCUUCUCUGUAUCACAUCUAUUUGGCCUUGGAAGAGGAGAUGGAAAGGAAUAAGAGCCACCCGGCUGUCGUGCCCAUCUACUUCCCUGAGGAGCUGAACCGCGGGCCCGCGCUGGAGCAGGACAUGAAGUUCUGGUACGGCCGCCAGUGGAGGCACGAGAUCCCUUACACGGAGGCCACAAAGAAGUACGUGGAGCGGCUUCACGAGCUGGGCCGCGCGGAGCCCGCGCUGCUGGUGGCCCACGCCUACACGCGCUACCUGGGGGACCUCUCGGGGGGUCAGAUCCUCAAGAAGAUUGCUCAGAAGUCCCUGGAGCUCCCCAGCACGGGGGAAGGGGUGGCCUUCUUCACUUUCCCAGGCAUCGCCAACGCCACCAAAUUCAAGCAGCUUUACCGUUCCCGCAUGAACGCCAUCGAGAUGAGCGCAGCCACCAAGAAGAAGGUGGUGGAGGAGGCACAGACCUCCUUCCUCCUGAACAUUGAGGUGUUUGAGGAGCUGCAGGAGUUGUUAUCCAAGAACCAGGAGAAUGGGAACAUUUCUGGGAAGCAGGAGCUUCGCAAAAGGGCAGGCCACAAAGGACAAGGCCUGACUUCCACAGAGACUCCUUCCCAGAAGCCUCAGCAAAAGCACCUGUCCCACUCCCCUGUUCUCCGCUGGGUCCUCACCCUCUCCUUCAUAGUGGCCACAGUCGCUAUGGGCUUCUAUGCCAUGUGAUAGAACCCGAAGAGACGAGACACUCCGGGGUGACCUCCCAAGGCCUCCCCUACUGAGCCCAUAGACUGCCUCCAGCCCAGAGCCGUUUCCUAAGCAGGGGACCAAAAAAAGCCACUUGACUAGACCUCUUCAGGCCGCUGCGGGCCAGCCACCGCAGGGCCUUGGCCCUGGAACUCUCUCCUCCAUCGGACAAGAUGGAGGAGAGUCCCGAUGCACUUCCGGCCUGAGUCUUGAACUUUGAAGGGGCCUUCGGUGGGGGCCCACAGAUGUAGCAUUCCUCUCUCAGUUCUUACAAGGAAGCCCAGGAAGAGCCCUGACCCACCUGCCAAGCUCCUGGGUUCCCUGCCCUUCCUUAUUUGACCCAGAAGUGACCGCUUUCCCUCUGGCCUUACAGACUGGUUUCUGCUUUUGCAUUCAGAAAUGUUGUGUCUUUUUGUUCAAAGUCACUUUUCGGGUGGGGUUUUGUUUGGUCCCAUCUUCACAGUGUUUGUUUUUCUUUUUUUUCCCCCCAGGGUCAGGGGAAGGAGUUUUGCCUCAUUUUGUUGGGGGUGUGUUUGUAUGUGUGUUUUUAAAUAACACGGUUCUAAUGCCAGUGGCCUUGAGCCUAACUAUCUGUAAACUUCCAAUAAACAGUGUUGUCUAACUUCUCAGUA